UCCAUUAAACAGAGGAGGUCCAUUUUCUCCCAGGAGGAGGAGAGUGGGAGCCACAACAGCGAUGCAAACACAGAGACCCGACGGCGCGUGAGUCUCAGAACAGAGAGAGAGAGAGUUAUAAAAAGAAACGUUUUCUUCUUUUGUGCAUUCUUUAACGAUGAUGGCGUGAAAGUAAUUAAGAGAAAAAGAGAAAAAGAGAGAAACAGAAAAGACAUGAUGAUCAGUCAAACGAGCUGUUUUUGGGAAGAGAGACUCAAAAAUUACAACAAGACCAAAGAUAAGAUUCCGACAAUGACUAAAGUAUGUCCUGAAAUGCACGAAAAGAAAGUGUGUGAAGCAGUAGUGGUAGUUGAAGCAAUUUCAGCAGAUGUGAGCUUUGCUUCUAACCAGUUUCCAUCAUACAAGCUAGGACCUGAUGAUCAGAUUGUUGAUGAGCCUAAAGAAAAUGAAAAACAUCCAUCUGUUAAAGAUGUAGUCGACAAAGAAACAGGAGAUUUGUCUGAUCAGCACAAGCGGCUUUCAGUUCGUGACCUUGCUUGCAAAUUCGACAAGAAUCUAGCUGCAGCUGCUAAACUAGUUGAUGAGGCAAAGUUGAGUGAGGUGACUUCAUUGGAAGGACAUGUUAUGCUAAAGAAACUUAGAGAUGCUUUAGAAUCCAUGAGAGGUCGUAUGGAUGGACGUAACAAGGAAGCAGUUGAAAAAGCUAUCUCUAUGGUUGAGGCUCUAGCAGUUAAGUUAACUCAACAUGAAGGUGGGUUUAUUCAAGAAAAGGCUGAAGUGAAGAAACUGGCAAGCUUCCUUAAGCAGGCUUCAGAAGAUGCAAAGAAGUUAGUAAACCAGGAACGUUCGUUUGCUUGUGCUGAAAUAGAGAGUGCAAAGACUCUUGUGAUGAGACUUGGAGGAGCAUUUGAAAAACAGGAGAUUUCUUCUAAAGCUUCUCGAGCUCAGGGUCCGAAUGUGGAGAAACUGGUUGAGGAAGUUCAGGAGGCUAGAAGAAUCAAAAGGAUGCAUCAACCAACCAAGGUGAUGGGCAUGCAACAUGAGCUUCGUGAUUUAAAGAGUCAAAUCCAAGAGAAGUCUGCAUAUUCCAUUAAGCUUCAAAGAGAGAUAGCAAUAAUCAAGAGAGCAGAAGGGUCCAAGACAUGUCCUUAUGUUCUAGAUGGUGCACAAAGUCUUGGCUCGUGCCUAAAGAUACGUGCCUCCUCAGAUAGUAAUGCUUCAGAUAUUUCCAAAUGUUCAUUCCAGUGGUACCGUGCAGCAUCUGAGUCUAGUCGUAGAGAAGCUAUAUCUGGUGCCAACCAAUCAGUAUAUGCUCCAGAACCAUAUGAUGUGGGGAGGGUAAUACAAGCAGACAUACUUUGUAACGGUCAGAAGUUCACUGUUACAACAGAGGGUCCAAUUAAUACUGCUUCUGGCUUGCAAUCACGUGUUGAAUCACUCAUGCGCAAAUCUAACAGUGAAUUCACCGUGGUUAUAUCACAGAUGAAUGGGCAAGAUCAUGUAUCGCGAUCUCACGUCUUUACUGUCGGAAAGUCGAGGGUAAAGCUGUCUCGAGGAUGGAUCACAAAGGCUAGAGAAAUAUAUUCAAACUCCAUGCAGUUAUGUGGAGUGAGAGGCAAUGCUAAUGCUCAUGCAAAAGCAUUGUUCUGGCAACCAAGAAAGGGUCUAAGUUUCUUGCUGACUUUUGAGUCGGAACAAGAACGUAAUGCAGCUAUUGUUCUCUCCCGGAAAUACGCAUAUGACUGCAAUGUUACUCUGGUUGGGCAAGACGAUUGAGCUAAUAAUGAAGGGAGUAACAAUUUUUUUUAUAUCAAGUCUCCUAAAAGAUUUUUUCUAAGCUUGGCGAUUUGGACUGUUAUGUGUUUGUAUGUGUGUUUUUUUUGUUCAAGUGUUUGUAUGUGGUUAAGGUGGCAAGUUUAGCUUGGGAUUCUCUACUGCAUAGUUCGUGUGUUACUGCAUAGUUUUAGGCAGGAAGCACAUUGUGUGUUUUGGCAUGAUCACUAGUGUGAGGUGCUUGGCAUUUUCUUUUAUUUAAUUUGAUUGGGUUGUUUGUAUAUGUUUAUUUGUUUGAGUGUUUUUUUGGUCCAGCUUUGCUACUUAGAGUUUUUCUAGUGUGAAGUUUUUUUGUAUGUAAUCACAGAACAGAGUUUCAUUCAUUCAUAAUCAAUAUAAUAAAAA